GAUGUUCAGUACGAGCCUCGCCGUCCUGCCGUAAGCUUCACGGCAAUCAAAAUAACCUGGGAGCGACAUUAUGCAACGUUGUGCUAUCAUAUGGCUCUUAGUCGCUUGCAGCUUCACUCGGGCGGCAAAUAUUUUGUACAUAGAUGCAGUGGCAUCGCCAAGCCAUUUCAUUUGGCACAGAGCAUUGAUACAUGCAUUGGCAGCAAAAGGACAUAAUGUAACGGCUUUGAGCGUCGAUAUUGAAGAUAAACCAGUUCAAAACGUGACAUACAUUAAAUUGGAAGGUGUUUAUGAGAGUUUGCUCUCCCAAGAAAAAGACUCACUGGAAAUGAACUUUUUUGAAAUGGAAGAUAUGAACACAUUAUCCCUAUUAUACAUGUUCAGUAAAUUUAAAGUACUCUGUUGCGAAUUUACAUUGAAAACAAAAGGUUUGAAGGAUUUGCUGAGUUAUCCGCAAGACUUCAAGUUUGAUUUAAUCAUCUCUGAUUAUCUGAACGGACCAUGCGUGUCUUCUGUUGCGCAACACAGAUUUGGAAGACCCCCACUGAUUGGGGCAACUGCCUUUCACGUACUCACCACAACAACUUCAAUAACCGGUGCAUAUUCGUAUUCCGCUUCUGUACCCAACCACGAGUUCAACCAUCCCCAGGAAAUGAGCUAUUGUGCGCGGUUCGAAAACGUUGUAUACCAUCAUUUUGAGGAGCUUUUGAAAGUUUAUCACAUGCUACCGCAAAUAGAUAAAAUAGUGCGCAACCAGUUUCCAGAUAUUCCGUACGUUGGAGAUUUGGAGAAGGAAACCCGAAUUGUUCUUCUGAACUCAAAUCCAGUUAUUCAGUAUUCGGAAUCAACGAUGCCAAACGUUGUCUCUGUAGGCGGAAUGCAGAUUGUCAAAUCGAAGGAGCUCCCUGACGACCUGAAGAAAGUGGUUGAAAAUGCUAAAAACGGAGCUAUUCUAUUUUCGAUCGGCACUAACGUUCGUAGCGAUAUGCUUGGAGACGAGAGGUUAAUCGAGAUUUUGAACGCCAUGGGUCACUUUCCAGAGUAUCAAUUUUUAUGGAAAUUUGAAUCCGAUAAAAUGCCUAUUGAAGUGCCAAAGAAUGUGUACAUUCGGAAGUGGAUGCCCCAGAACGACUUACUGGCUCAUCCAAAUCUCAAAUUAUUUAUCACCCACAGCGGACUGCUUAGUACACAGGAAGCGAUUUGGAAUGGUGUUCCAAUUAUUGGAUUUCCAGUGUUUUCCGACCAGCAUCAAAAUAUCAAUUACUGUGUUCAGCAAGGCGUAGGGAAAAGACUAUCUCUGAAGAAUGUGAAAAGCAAAGAGCUUGUCGAUGCUAUCAAGGAGGUGAUGGAGAAUGGACGCUAUCGUGAAAACAUGUCUGAACUUUCGAAACUUUUUCGCGAUCAAAAGGAAACACCUCUUGAGCGCGCUGUCUGGUGGGUGGAGUGGGUUCUACGAAAUCCUACUACCAAAGUUCUACAGUCUAAUGCAGUUCGGCUAUCAUGGUUUGUGAAAUAUUCGUUCGAUGUGAUUGUUCCCUUAUUGUUGGCAGUUUUCAUGGUGCUGUCAAUUUCAGCUAAGGUUGUCAAAAACAUGCUGCAUUCUAAGAGGACGCAUAAUAAAGUGAAAGGAGAAUAAUUUUUGACAGA